UACCGUGUCCGCCAUUUUAACUCCAAUAAACAUGUGAAAAGAGCGGAUUUGGCUUGUUGUCCUAACCCAGGACCCCGGAGCAGGAGUGUGUGUGUGUGUGUGUGAGUGUGUGGGGAGGACAGGUGAGGACACCUGGGUGGGGAAACUCACUGCAUUGUGUUGCAGCAGGACGCGAACUGCGCGCGCUCCCGACAUUAGUAUUGUUUAUUAUUCCUGUAGGUUUGGGGAGAAAACGUCAAACCAUCCGAUCUGCUGAAUCGGACAACAUUAGACCGACUGCUGGGGCAUUAAAGUCCCGUCACCAGGCCACAGUCAUGUUCUGGAAGUUUGACCUCCACACGGCAUCUCAGUUGGACAAGUUGCUGGAGAAGGAAGACGUGACACUGACGGAGCUGCUGGAUGAAGACGACGUGCUGCAGGAGUGUAAAGCUCAGAACCAGCGCCUCCUCCUCUUCCUCACUCGAGACAGCUGCUUACAGGAGCUCAUCCGCCUCAUCGUACACGAGCCCCCGAGCGACCGUGAGGAGAAACUGCGCUAUAAGUAUGCUAACACGGCCUGCGAGCUGCUCACGUGUGACGUCUCGGUCAUUAACGAUAAAGUGGGCGGAGACGACUCGCUCCUGAACGGACUUUACGGCUUCAUGGAGCAAGAUCCGCCUCUGAACCCGCUCCUCGCCUCCUUCUUCAGCAAAACCUUCGGCAGCCUGAUCAUCCGGAAAGCCGAGCAGACGAUCAGUUUCCUGAGGAAGAAGGAGGGAUUUCUAGCGUUGGUGUUGAAGCACAUGGACGCGUCGGCCAUGAUGGACUUCCUGCUGCGUCUCAUCAGCUGUGUGGAACCGGUUCAGCUCAGACACGAGGUCCUCACUUGGCUGGAUGAAGAGAAGCUUAUUCAGAAACUGACUGAAUUAAUUCACCCUCACACUGAUAAUGAGAGACAGUCAAAUGUCUCUCAGGCUCUGUGUGAUAUCAUCCGCAUUGGUCGUGAUCAGGUUGGACUACAGGAACUGUCAGAGCCUGACCCCCUGCUCACCACACUGGAGCUACAGCAGAGUGUGGAAACUCUGUUAAAGAACAUGUUUGAGGGAGAGAAGAGUGAAGUCUGCAUCGUUUAUGGAACUCAAGUUUUGCUUGCUUUAUUGGAGACUCGCAAAUCAGGGGUGGAGUUAAUAGAUCCAGCAUCUCAGUCCCUGGAUCAGUUGUAUUCUGUAAACAACAGCAUCUUACUGGGCAUUGAGCCGCAUCUGAAGCACUACUGCCAUCUGCUGCUCAAUCCACCGAAGACGUGCCCCAUGUUGACGACUCUCGGGGUUCUGGAGGAGCCUUUUGGGAACGCUCGACUUCACGCCUGCAGGCUGAUGGCUGCUCUGCUCAACACCCGCGCUCCCAGAAUACACCAGGAGCUCUGCCGCCUCGACAUGAUCAACCUGCUCCUGGACCUGUUUUUUAAAUUCACCUGGAACAAUUUUCUCCAUAUUCAAGUGGAGCAGUGUGUGUCGGCCAUCCUCAAUCAGACGGCACCAGACGGGCUGGUGGAGGACAGUCCGGAGCCGAAAGGACUCGAACCCACUCCACACGCAGAUGUAGCCAUGUUCUCACACCACGAUCUACUCACACAUCUGUUUCAGACCUGCAGGCUGCUACAGCGGAUUCUUGACGCUUGGGAGGAAAACGAAAGAACACAGUCUGAGGGUGGCAUGAGGAGGGGUUACAUGGGGCAUCUAACCCGGAUAGCGAAUGCGGUGGUCCAGAGUGUGGAGAAAGGAAGUGCACAGAGUCACAUCACACAGCUAAUAAACGCUCUACCUGAGGAUUAUACAGAACGUUGGCAGAAAUUUGUGGAUGAAACUUUAGCAGAAACCAACAAGAGGAACGCAGUGGAUCUGGUCUUUUCUGACUACCAGAUCCAGCAGAUGACUGCAAACUUUGUUGACCAGUUUGGAUUUAAUGAUGAUGAGUUUGGAGAACACGAUGAUGGCAUCAAUGCAGCGUUUAAUCGAAUUGGAGGGAUUAAAUGUAAUCUGGUGGAUGAAGGCCCGAGCACAGGGAUGUUUCAGUCCUGCACUAAGGAGAAAAUCCGUCCGUUUGAUGAUGCGGAUGAGGAAGAGGACAUCUGGGAGGACAAAGAAAUCAACUAUGCAACUCAAGUGAAAUCUAGAACCAGGUUCGGAGUGACGUCGACGCUGAGGAGCGAUGUAGAGGGCGGGGCUCUGAGGCGCUUGGGGUCACCUGACCUGGAGUGUUUUCCUGACUGCAGACAGAUUCUGGAUAACAGCAGGAGUGAAGAUGGAGACAAGGACAGCAGCCUUCCACAGAGUCCAGGUUGGGUGGCGAGUUUUGAGGAUGAUUUUAACUUUAAGGCAGACUUUGCGGGCGUGGCCAUCGACAGCGGGUCCGGCGUGUGGGGCGGAACUACGGUACCUCUAAACGACAGCGAGGAUAAAGGCUGGGCCACGUUUACGGACUUCCAACCUUUCUGCUGCUCAGACUCUGGAGCUCGCUGCAGCUCUCCUGUUGACUCGGAGAACUCAGAGAAACAGAACCAGGAUAAAGGCGCUAGGGGCUCUGCAGCAUGUGUGUGGAGUGUGUGUGGAGCAAGGAAAGCUCCUCUGGUGGCAUCAGACAGCAGCUCCAGCGGCUCUGACAGUGAGGAUGAGGAAGAGAGGAGCGACAGCACCGGUGACAAGGAGAACACUACAGACAGAGUAGACACCAAAACUGAGAAAACACUCUUUAACCGAGAUGCGGACACUAAAUCUUCAGGCGUCGUGGCUGAACCUCCUCCAUCAGCGGAGCAGAAAGCAGACUGAUGGUGAACGUGGAAAACUCCAGCUAUAGUGGUCCAAUGAAGACGCUCGUAGAGUCUCCUCCCGGUGUUUAUGACAUCAUCACUGCCCCGCCCACAACACCACACAUCCGUUUCCGCUGAGCGUGUUAAAGUUCUGACUGUGGAUGGAAAGACAGCCGAGCGUCUCAGCUGAGAAGCAGGCUGCGGCAUUGAGGCGUAAUAAUGCGGAUUACUGCAGUUAUAAUGUAUAGAAACAGAAGAACAGCUAAAACCUAGCGUUAGUGUGGCUUUAUAUCUUACAGCUACGUGCACUGGCUCUUUAUAACACAUUCACAAAGCAAUGCUGGAGUCUCUAUAACAGGUUUAUGACGCUUCUGUUUAAUCUGAGUUCAUGAAGCUUUAUGAGUUUGUUUGUUUUUAUAAACCUGUCCACGUCUAUUAGUUCAGCCGAGGUACGAACUGUGAGGAAGAAAUUCUGUAAGGAGACGAUUACAGAGAAGCAGGAGGAGCGGAACGUGUCAAGCGUUAUUCGUUUAUUGUUUAAGAACAAAAAGUGUACAUUUGUAAAUUAAAUGUAAAAAAAAUCACAAUUUUUCUGAUUCUUUUUUUUAUUUCUGUUUCUGAUUAAUUUUGUAUUUUUGACGAUAUAUUAAUGUGAACACUAACCAGAAAAAAAAUUGUCCUGAUAUCGAGUUUAUUUUUUUAUUUUUAUUUUUAUUUCAUGGUCCUCAGAAACUCUUUAAUCCUUCUUUAAACAUCUUCUGUUGAGGAAGUAACUAAGACAAAUGACUCUAAAAAGAAAACAGUCAACAAAAACGAAGGAACUGCGUUCAAAAAGAUAAAAACGUAAAACGUACAAGAAGCAACCGUAAAACUGUAGAUGUAUUUUAAUGAGAGGGUGCCAAGACUUUUGCACUGUGCUAUAUUGGUGGGUGGAGGUUGUGAAUAUCAUUUUGGUGAAUAAUAUAUAAUUAAAUAAAUAACUCUUAGUGUUCUGUUAGUCUUUUUCGAUCUUUCCUCCACAAGCUCAGAACAUCUAGAACCUUUAAGAGUUCUUCUGAGGUUCCUCUGAGAGAACGUUGGGUUGAAAGUGUUUCGUUUGAAGAACAUCAAACUUCAGGAUAAAUUUAUUGAAACAUAAAUCAAAUGAAGACCCUUUCAGUGAAGAAAGACGACUUAGUGUAAUGUGGACGCUUUAUAGAACAGUUAUAAGAGUUUAAAGGUGCGUUAUCAAAGACAAUAUAAAGACUUGCAAGAGGAGAAAAUAUAACUUCAGCUCUCUGGGAAAGGAAACUAUGGUUCUGGGGUUGAUGUGUAAUAAUAAACAGUGCACAGCGUUAUGAAUGUGUUAUAAAGACCCCAUGUACGUGGACUGAAUAAAAUGAAUGUGCAAUAAGGCUUAUUGUGUAGCGCUGUUAAUUUGUGAGUGUGUGUGCGCGUGCUUGUGUGUGUGUAUGCAAACCUGUUUUUCUCAGAUGUUAUAAGCAUGACAUAACCACACCAUAACUCAUUGUAGAAUAUGUCCUGCUUUAUAUGCAGUGGCGUAACUGUGAUGUUACUGUUACUUGUUUGUAAAUUUUAAUUCAUGCCUUAUGAACAGUCACGACAAGGCUAUGACCACAGAACAUCUUCAUCUCUCACUGGCUGAAACAUGUUACGUGAUGAUGUGUGCAGCAAAAAAGUCAUGUGUUCUGUGAUUGGUUGUAAAUUAUUCUGGCGGCUUAUAACACAGUUAUGACAUGGUUAUGUCAGGCUUAUGAAUGUGUUGUGGAAGGUAGCUAGUUUUCUCAGGUAUGGUGAUGAUGAGGUGUGCGUGUGUGUGCGCGUGUGUGUGUUUUACCCUUAAACACGUCUAAAAUCAGCUUCAGUUAUUACACACUACACGACUGGGCGUAAUAUAAGCAGUAACACCGUGUACGUGAUGAUGAAAUACAACGCUUCAGUGUGAGAGAGUUUGGAGGCAAUAAUUUGAGGUGAUAUUUCAGUGGCUUUGCUUUCACUACACACACACACACACACACUGUGUUUUAAAUGAUGUAUGAAUUUGCACAUUUUUCAUCUUUAUCAGUUGUUGCACUUUAAAAAUUUCAUUCUUGAAACCAGAAGUUAGAUGAUGAUGAUGAUGAUGAUGAUGAAGACAAUGAUAAUGGAUGAUCAUACGGAGGAUAAAGAUAAAUGAAUGAUUUUGACGGUGAUGAUGAUGACUAUGAUGAAGAGAUGGAGCUGGAUGUUUGUAUGUUAUAUACAGACACGUACAGGUCGAGUGUUUGAUUUUUCUUAGUUUUUUUUGUUUGUUUGUUUGUUUGUUGUUUUAAGCAAAUUGACCAUAAAUGUCCUGAGUUGAGAAUAGAGUUGUUCAUCGGGACGUGAUCACACCAUUUAUUCCCUUUCUUUUUGUCUUUAAAACAGAUUUCUGUCCCUUGCUCAUGUGUGUGUGAGCUUUAGAGUCAUUACCUUCUGAUGAUCCGUUUUGGUUCGUUGUUCUUUUCUCUUUCAUGCCGUCUUCCAGAUUCUGUGCACUUUUUGUCAUGGUGUUUAUGCGGCUGUUCUUUUUGCGGUGCAGAUUACGGUAGCAUACGACUUCCUGUUUGUAAAAUCUGUACAAAAUAAUGUGUAGUAAAUAUUCGAAUAGAUUAUUAGUGAUCGUAGCUGCAGUCAUGUAUUUUUACGCCGUUCUCUUUAUGAAUAAACGUUAGAAUUAAUGAUUAUUAUAUAAUUAUAAUUAUACUGAUAUUAAAACUGUCCCUGUGUCCAACCUUCUUUUUUUCAGGUUGUCUUAAAAGCACUUUUUUUUAAACACGAUAUUAUGAUUCAUUAUGAUGUGUGUAUGAGUCAGGGUUAUAGUCCACCUGAUCGAUAAAUAAAUAAAUAAAUAAAUGAUGUUGUGUAUGUGUGUAAACAAAAUGCUGACGUGUAAAUGAACACAACUCCGGUGUCCCUCUGCUGCGGUCUCGUCACGUCUCCGGCCUCCAGCUUGUGUGUUUGUUGUAAAAUGAAUCUGAUUAUUAUUUUUUAAAUGAUUAUAAUUCAAUACUGUACUUUCGGCUUCAUUGAAUCAAUAAACAUUUCAGACGUGUUAAA